AUGGAUCAGACCCGUGGGUCUGGGUCGGCCUGUGGUGUUAAUAGAGCUGGCUGCUCGGGUAUCACUGGAUCGAGCUGCUAUUGCACCACUGGGAAUAACUUCAAUAAUGGAUACGCAUUGUGUGCCCAAGACAUCAACGCCUGCUCGUCCAGCCCGUGCCACGCCCAGGCCACCUGUACAGAUAACCCCGCCCCUGCACUUGGUGCCAACUGUACCUGUACCGUUGGGUAUACAGGAGACGGGCGCGCUAACGGAACCGGAUGUUCAGACAUCAACGCUUGCCUGCCCAACCCGUGCCACGCCCAGGCCACCUGUACAGAUAACCCCGCCCCUGCACUUGGAGCCAACUGUACCUGUACCGUUGGAUAUACAGGAGACGGGCGCGCUAACGGAACCGGAUGUAUAGACAUCAAUACAUGCUCGAACUCGCCCAACCCGUGCCACGCCCAGGCCACCUGUACAGAUAACCCCGCCCCUGCACUUGGUGCCAACUGUACCUGUACCGUUGGGUAUACAGGAGAUGGUCGCGUCAACGGAACCGGAUGUUCAGACAUCAACGGCUGCUCGUCCAACCCGUGCCACGCCCAGGCCACCUGUACAGAUAACCCCGCCCCUGCACUUGACGCCAACUGUACCUGUACCGUUGGAUAUACAGGAGACGGGCGCGCUAACGGAACCGGAUGUAUAGACAUCAAUACAUGCUCGAACUCGUCCAACCCGUGCCACGCCCAGGCCACCUGUACAGAUAACCCCGCCCCUGCACUUGGUGCCAACUGUACCUGUACCGUUGGAUAUACAGGAGACGGGCGCGCUAACGGAACCGGAUGUUCAGACAUCAACGCCUGCUCGAACUCGUCCAACCCGUGCCACGCCCAGGCCACCUGUACAGAUAACCCCGCCCCUGCACUUGACGCCAACUGUACCUGUAACGUUGGGUAUACAGGAGACGGGCGCGUCAACGGAACCGGAUGUUCAGAUAUCAACGCCUGUUCUUCCAACCCGUGUCAUGCGAACGCCACCUGCGAGGACAACCCCGCCCCUGCCCUGGACGCCAGCUGUACCUGUAACGCUGGCUAUGCCGGGGACGGGACAGUGUCAGUGAACGGAACCGGGUGUUCGCUACAACCCGUCAGCGGCGCUGGAUAUUCAGACACCCAAUAUUUGCCCACAAUCGCAUACACUUUGGCGAUCAUUGUGUCGAUUGUGUAUGAACGAGCAAUUUGAGAAUGAUGGAUUGACAUCUUAUACACAGUAGAAGUCGUUUAAUUGCACACCCGAUUUGCCGGCGUACUUCGUGCAAUUAUCCGGAUGGUGCAACAAAACGAAUUUAUCAAGCUGGACCGCGCCACCACGGGAUUUCGGGAUUCCAUGCAAUUAACAGGAGUGUGCGGUUAUCCGUUGUGCAAUUAACUGGCUUCUACGGUAUUACUUCUGCAACAUUAUUCAGUGGACUGCCUGUUGCGACUGGUGUCGUGCAGGUGCUAGAUGUUAUAAAGUUAGUUUGGUAUAAGGUGUGUACUGAUCCAUUCUAACAUUACUGCUUUGACUAAUAUACAUCCAAUUACUUCUCAAAUGGAUUUCGAAUGUUUUGCUCAAUUUGAAUAUGGACUUUGUCUUCUUCGCUUCAUUUACUACCCAGAUGCACAGUAGAUUUUAGGUUGCCUUUGAAGCUAGUUAUUUCGUGGAUGGGAUGUCUGCUAUGGCAGUUGGUGUUGUAGCUAUUGUAAUUUUCUGUUUUGUCUAUUGUAAUACUUCUCACACAAAAGAAUCAAGAUCCAUAGAUCUACUUAAAUCAAAAUAGUAUUUUUAGAACACCUCAGCCUCCAUUAUUUCCUACCUUAAAGAUGAAGAAUUUACAAUAGAAAUGUUAAAUAUUGAUUUACCUUUAUACGGCAAUAUAGUGACAAUACAAUGACAGGAUAGAUUCAAUUUAACUUUCUAAUAUUAUUAUCAAUUACUAGAUUCCUUUUUAUAUAUUACUCGGUGGGGGGAAAAGAUUUUUUCAAUGUGUCUGUAUACAACUUCAAGAUCUAAGCAUCGUAUGUUUUUACCCUAACGAAGGAGGUUUUAACUUAAGAAUCUAUAAUGUUACACUCUGUUAUAUUGUUUAACCUAGGUAUAGGCGGUCAAUAUUGGUAACGUUUGCUUAGUUUAUUGUGGAUUUUCGUCAACACCUAGCCGUACAAGUGUAAACGUGGAAAAUCAAACGUGGUUUCUCUACCCAUCAGAUCCAUUUUUCUACGUACCCUCUUCCCACCUCCAUGCGACCACCCUCCGUCAGAGUUAGUAACUAUCAUAACUAGGGCUGGGUACCAGUACAAAACCAGUUUUUGUCAUUGGACCGGUCCAGAAAAACCGGACCUAAAAA